UUUUCUCCUUAUUUUUGUGUAAGUUUAACCUGGUAUCAAGAGCCCUUUGAUUUGAGAUUUUUUUUUUACGUUGCUUUUCCUAAUUUAUUCCCAAACACAAACCCUAGUAUUUUUGAUUUUUUUUUUCAAGAUUAUUUGCGUGAGUUAAUUAGUUCCUGGUGUGUGCUUCCGCUUUGUGUGUUCAUUGUUUUCUUCUUUUUCGUUUGAGUUGUGAUGACUAGUGGUGAAGUUCCGCCGCCGCCUCCUCCUCCGGGUCCUCGUUAUGAACCGUUCUCUGCCUACUAUCUCCAUCCGAGUGAAGGUACAAGGGUUGUGAUUAGCCCAAUUCUGCUAAAAGGAGAUAACUACAAGGAGUGGUCUCGUUCUUUACGCAAUAACCCUCGUGCAAAGAACAAACUUGGUUUUAUUGAUGGUACUAUUACCGUGCCGGAUGCUAAGUCUCCUGAUUUUGAUCAAUGGGGGAUUGUUAAUUCAAUGCUUGUUGCUUGGAUUGUUAAUACUUUGGAUGUCUCUGUUCGAUCCACUGUUCGUUUCCCAGACCAUGUCAAGUCUUUGUGGGAUGAUCUACGUGAUAGAUAUUCCCUUGGCAAUGGCCCUCGUAUUCUUGAUUUAAAGGCUCAAAUUGUGGAUUGCAAGCAGCGUGGUAGGCCGGUGGCUGUGUAUUUUGGUGAGUUACGUAAAUUACAAGAUGAGUUAGCUAGUUAUGUCAAAGUUCCCAAGUGUACAUGUACUGCUGCUCAUGAAUAUGCUAAAAUUGUUGAAAGUGAACUACUCCAUCAAUUUUGUAUCAGUUUGGAGCCAAAGAAAUUUGGUGGUGUUGUUUCUACCCUUCUUAUGAUGGACCCAGUACCUUCCCUUAAUGUGGCUUAUGCAAAAGUGGUGUCUGAAGAGCGUAAACAAACGGUCUCCGAUGCUCAAGAUACUCGUUCGGAGGCAGUUGGGUUUGCAGCGUCAGGUUCUGCUCAAGCCAGGACUACUUCUUGGUCCGGUGGUGGUGAUGCUAGGGUGUGUGACCAUUGUGGUAAAAAGGGUCAUGAGAAGGAGAAGUGUUUUGAUCUUGUGGGUUGGCCCGAAUCGUUUAACGGUGGUGGUCGUGGUGGUAAUCGUGGUGGUAGGACUAGUCGUGGUGGUCGUCAAUCAAGUAGUGGUAGUCGUGGUAGUCGUCAAUCAAGUGGUGGUGGCCGUGGGUUUGCAGCAAAUAUGAGCAACAACACUCGUCAAUUGAGUGGGUCUGAGAUUAAUGAGAAUGAUCGUCAAAGUGCUCCUACACUCACUGAUGCACAAUGGGCCCAAUUCUUAAAUGCAAUAAAGGGUGGAAAACCCACUAAUAAUUAUUCAAGUGACCAAACAUCUCACGGACUGCACUUUGAAGAACCUGAUUGGAGCGGGGGUGCAGUAUAAUGGGGUCUAUCUCUUCAGACCAGUUCGUGCUCAUAGUUUUCAAGUCAAUUCGGUUGAUGUUCCAGAUGCAAGUAUGUUAUGGCAUAGACGUUUAAGUCACCUUUCGAUGAAAGUUGUUUCUUCUUUGCCUGGAGUAGCCAGUAGUAGUAUGAAUAAAAAGUGUGUUGUUUUUUAUUGUCGUAUUUGUUUUAUGGGUAAACAACCCCAAAACUCUUUUCCUUUAAGUAUGAAUAAAGCAUCUGGUUUGUUUGAUUUGAUACAUUGUGAUAUUUGGGGUCCAAAUAGAGUAUCAUCUAGUUGCAAUGCUAGAUAUUUUCUUACUAUUGUUGAUGAUUUCU